AUGCUCGGCCAAAACGAGGAACAGUACGAUAACCCCUUUGCUCGACAAAACGAAACAUUUGACUUUUAUCAGGACAGAACUAUCGAGCCUGACACUGACCCUGUUCGACAACAAACAGAACCACUAAUAAACCCAUUUGCCAAUGUGAGUGGAAAGAUUGGAUCAACAGAAUCUACAAGUUAUAGCGAACCAGCUUAUGAUGCCACUUAUACAGGGGAAGACACAUUGGAUGAACCUGUUUCUGUUACCAUCCUUCGUGAUGUAAAACAAGUAGGAAGGAAAUUACAACAAGUGCUGAAUCCAAGAGGUGACAGAGGCGUGCUGAAAGAUUGGGACUUAUGGGGACCAUUGAUACUUUGUUUGACUUUGGCAAUAACACUAAGCACUAGUGUACCUUCAAAUCAAUCAGUACCCAUAUUCACUGGAGUCUUUGUUAUAGUGUGGAUAGGCGCGGCUGUUGUAACCAUAAAUGCAAAACUAUUAGGUGGAGCAGUAUCCUUUUUCCAAUCAGUAUGCGUUAUCGGAUACUGUUUAUUUCCUCUUGUCUUGGUGGCAAUCAUAUCCAUCUUUAUCACCACGGUCUGGUUCAGAGUACCUAGCUCGCUAAUGGCAUUCGCAUGGUCGACCUAUGCCGCCUUGGGAUUUCUAUCCGAAUCAAAAGCUCAUUUAGCCAAUAGACAUGCAUUAGCAGUGUAUCCAUUAUUCUUAUUUUAUCUUCUCAUCGCAUGGUUAGUUGCUGUUUCAUAA